GGCCUUUAUAUCCGCUUUUCCAGAUGCUACUGGAACAACUAUCCAAAACAGAUCCGCCCUGCUCCACCUUCUGCUCCCCCUCCGGCUACGGCGGCGCUGAUCUCCGGUCGGGAGAUAGGUUCUUCCCCCCCUUGCGAAUCGACGAGAUAAAAGUUAUGGAUUAGUCUUGCUCUUGUUUAGUUCCGUUUUCUUUCGAUUUGAUCCGGAAUUUAAGUGCCUGCUGAUUUUGAAGGUUUCGUCAGUUUCCACCGGAAUUGGGAUGAAUUGCAUGCAGUAUCAAGUUCUUGUCCCCUUUCCUUUGAAUUAUCUGGAAUGUUAUCCCGUUAAUCUUGGCUGCAACUUCGUGCGUUUGAUUUGUGAUUCGUGUGGUGGGAGUGCAGAGAUCUCUAGCUUGCGAAUCCAGGGUGCGCCGCCAUGGCCGAGCACCUCGCGUCGAUCUUCGGCACGGAGAAGGACCGCGUGAACUGCCCGUUCUACUUCAAGAUCGGCGCGUGCCGGCACGGCGACCGCUGCUCCCGCCUGCACAACAAGCCGUCUGUCUCGCCCACGCUGCUGCUCUGCAACAUGUACCAGCGCCCCGACAUGAUCACCCCGGGCGUGGACGCGCAGGGCAACCCCAUCGACCCCGUCAAGAUCCAGGGCGACUUCGAGGACUUCUACGAGGACAUCUUCGACGAGCUCAGCAAGCACGGCGAGGUCGAGAACCUGCACGUCUGCGACAACCUCGCCGACCACCUCAUUGGCAACGUCUACGUGCAGUUCAGGGAGGAGGACCAGGCCGCCAAGGCCCUCCAGGCGCUGCAGGGGAGGUUCUACUCGGGCCGCCCCAUCAUUGCUGAGUUCUCGCCCGUCACCGACUUCAGGGAGGCCACCUGCCGGCAGUUUGAGGAGCACAACUGCAACCGCGGAGGGUACUGCAACUUCAUGCAUGUCAAGGAGAUAGGCAGGGACCUGAGGAAGAGGCUGUAUGGGCACCUGCAUAGGUCCGGGAGGAGCCACAGCAGGAGCAGCCGGAGCCCGAGCCCCUACCGUCACCAUGCCAGGGACCGUGAUCGCUCCUCACGGUCUAGGGACCGCGGCGACUACUAUGGAGGUAGCUUGGACCGUGGCGACUAUGGUGACUACUACCACCAUAGCCGGAGGAGCAGCGAGAGGAACCGCAACUAUGACAGUGAUGGGAGCAGGUGCCGGCGACACAGGUCCAGGACUAGGAGCCCCGUCAGGGAGGGCAGCGAGGAGAGGAGGGCGAAGAUUGAGCAGUGGAACCGUGAAAGGGAGGCGCCUGCCAGGCAGGGCAGCGAAGAGAGGAGGGCGAAGAUCGAUCAGUGGAACCGUGAGAGGGAGACUGCUCAGGCGUGAGAUCUCCUGUCUGACUGCAGGUUGAAGUGUUGCCUUGUUCACCGGAUGUUCUGCUUGCUUGUCUGAUCGUGUAAUGGUAGAUGGAGUUAGAAUUUGGUCCUAGUGAACUUGCUUGGAUGCCUGAUGUAACAUCUUCAGUGUUGUUCUUGUUGAACUUCCUCUAUGGAUUUGUUGAUGGAACAUAUUUGGUGUUGGACUUGUUAUUGUUAUGAUUAUUAUAGUGUGUUCCCUGAA